AUGCGCCAAGCGCGCGACAGGCAAAGAGAAUCAAUUGCUCUCAGUGGUUCGAACCCUGGCAAAUCCGUCGCUAACAUCUUCCGUCAUCGGUCCUCCUCUAAGCGUGGUCAUGAACUUCCACCCAUGCUAAAUGAUAACAAAGUCUUCCUCACCGAUGACACUGACAAGGCGGAGUUGUUUAGUGCUUUCUUUGCAAAACACCUUGCUACCGAGUCCGAUCCGGUCCCUUUCUUUCGAUCACUUUCAGAUAGGACACUUAGUACAAUUGAUGUCUCCUCAGAUCUCAUUAAGAAACACGUAAGCCGUUUGAAAUACUCACACUGCUCAGGAACGGACGGGAUACAGAAUUCGAUUAUUAAACAAGCGUCCGACUUUCCCAUAUUGCUCAGUCAUUUAUUCUCGGUUUAUAUUUCAAAAGGGUUCUUUCCUGAAACAUGGAAAACGUCAAUUAUCAUUCCCGUUUUUAAGUCAGGACCUCGGUCCGAUGUUAAUAACUAUCGGGCGUGCACAAAACGCCGUCUCUAGGGAAACUUCUUGAAAGGAUUAUUUUCAAUGAAAUUCUUGACUUCUGUCUAGCUAAUCGGCUUCUGAGCUCUAGUCAGCAUGGAUUUUUACCUGAACGAUCCUGCGAAACAUGUCACUUGGCUUUUCUUAAUCUAAUCACUUCUCUUCGUAAUGAGCGGCAGUCAGUGGUAGUUAUUUACUUUGAUCUCAGCAAAGCCUUUGACAAGGUGCCCCAUAGACGUCUUUUAGUAAAAUUGAAAGCUCUCGGCAUCCGGCCGCCUCUACUCAACUUCAUCAGGUCCUAUCUGUCCAACCGAUAUCAGAAAGUCAUGGUCGGUAAUAGCUACUCGACACCCCACUCGAUCACGAGUGGCGUAAUUCAAGGCACGGUUCUGGGUCCGCUACUCUUCCUUCUGUGCAUCAAUGAUAUUGCGACUGAACUCGGAAUUUCGCAAACUUUUACUAAUGCCGAUGACCUCAAGUGUGUUUACUCAUACUCUAAGGACACCGCAAAUGUUUGUGUUGAAAAAAUUAAUGCCGAUCUACUACGCUUAAGCAGAUGGGGUUCGACAUGGCAGAUGGAGUUUUCAUCAUCCAAGUAUAGUUUCAUGUCUUUUGGUCCUACCAAACUUCCUGCUCCCAUAAUUUUUCCGAAUAACCCACUCUCAGAAUGCCUCACCAUAAAGGACCUAGGUCUAAGUUAUACAAAUAAACUUGCUUUAUCACCUCAUGCAGAUAGAAUCUCUGCCAAAGCUGCGCAGAUAUGUGGAUUCAUAUCGCAUAAUUUUUUUCCUUCCGGAAAUGAAGCUAAGACUUUAUCAAACGUUUGUUCUUCCAGUCCUCGAAUAUUGCUGUCCUUUCUUCGGUUUAAUGAACGCCUGCGACCGUAAUAAAAUCGAAAUGUUCAGUGGGUUUUCACCCGGAAACUGUUCUCUCAAGCUUCGUCCAGUAUUUCUUAUACUCAGAGAUGUCAGCUGGCGAACAUUAAGUUUUUGUGGGUUAGAAUACUCGAAGCUGGCCUGUGCUUCCUUUUUCGCAUCAACUCUAGCUCCAGUCUUCCGCCCAUUGACACUCUCACUCCGAGAGAUCGGUCUUAUGCCACGCGUAACUCCUGCAUGGUGAUUCCGCCGCCGCCUCUUUGUACUAUAUCUAAGCGGUCCCUCUUCUUUGCUUCCAAAUAUGCCUUCCUUUGGAAUAAUCUUCCGCCUGAAAUUAGAUUAUCGCCUAAGUUACUAGUAUUCAAGUCGAAAUUGCGCAAAAAUCUUACACCGGAAAGCAUAAAGGCACUGUUAACGGUCUCAUUCCCGAACACUCAGAUUCUUGACUUCGAGAAGGGUCCUCCUGGGAUUUAGUGGUAGAUUAAGUGGUAACUCUUAAUUAUAUCAUUAGAAACCCUUGUUUUUAAUUUGGUUUCUAAAUCCACUGCUAUCACUCCCCCCCCCCCAUAGCGACAAUUUUCGCGGUUUUUGAUGUCAUCUCCCGCAUUCCGACCUCAUGCGGUCUGUCGACGCUCAGGGCGGAACCCUCAGUAUUCACUGUCUACUAGUAGUUCGGUCGUACCUCCCUUCCCCACUGCUCGUCUGAGCUCGAAGCGUGCUGUGGCCGAUCGCAUCUGGGUUCCUCUCGUCUGGCCUCUUUGAUGCGGUGUACCAAUCCGACCCAGACGAUCUCAAUUGUGAAUCCCGUAUACAAUGCCAUAUGCAAGCCAGUCCUGUCUGACCCACAUUCGUACCCAUCAAGGCUGACAUUUAUUGCUACCAUGACGAUGACCGACAACAUUCCGUUAUAUACCGCCACCUACAGGCCAGUCCUGCUCGCUUUUUCUGUCAUUAUUUUUAUUGCGGGUUUUUUUUUCUCCUGUAAAAUUAAUCCAAUCAUUUUUAACUUUUUGUAAGGAGUUUUUUUCACCAGUCAAUCAUCAUGUUUCUCAACGGACUUCUAAUUCAGAAACAAUGAAUUGCAUUUUGUAAAGAUUCAGCCUACCUCGUCUAAAACUCGCAUGUAAAUUUAUUUUAACUUGUUUUGAUGGGACCCCGACGGGUCUUUAAUAAAAAUUAUCUAUCUAUCCAUCUGCCUUUGGCCAUGAACUACUUGCCUUUUACCUGGCUGUGAAGCAUUUCCGACAUUCCCUUGAAGGUCGGGACUUCACUGUUUUCACUGACCACAAACCGUUGACUUUUGCACUUCGGUCCCAUUCCGGCAAGUACAAUCCGAGGGAAAUCGCCCACCUGGACUACAUCUCCCAAUUUACCACCGACAUCCGCCACAUUGAUGGCACGAAGAAUGAGGUGGUUGAUAUGCCUUCCAGACCCUCACUGUCUUCUCUCCAACUCACACACGGGAUCGAUCUUUGCGCCAUGACGGCUGAACAACAGCGAGUCGGUUGUCCUGGCUACGAGUCUGUUAGUAGUCUCCAACUCAAAGAGAUUCCUCUGACCACCGGCUAUGGUACCAUACAUUGUGACGUCUCGACUCCCUUUCAUCGCCCUUUCGUGCCCGCCUCGAUGCGUCGAGCUGUAUUUCAAACUCUGCACGGACUCUCCCACCCUGGGGUCCGAGCCUCUCAAAAGCUCCUCGCGGAAUGGUUUGUCUGGCCUGGCAUGAACAAGGACGUCAAAGCUUGGGCCCAGUCGUAUCUGAGCUGCCAGCGCAACAAGGUGCAACGUCACAACAAGUCCCUACCAGGCACUUUCCCCAGCCGCGACGCACAGUUCAGCCAUGUGCACCUGGAUGUCGUAGGCCCCUUGCCUCCAUCCAAUGGUUUCACCCACCUCCUUACCUGCGUCGACCAAUAUACCCGCUGGGCUGAAGCUAUUCCUUUGCCGAAUGCACAGGCUGAAACCAUAGUGAGGGCCUUCGUCAGUCGUUGGGUCGCCAUGUUCGGUGCUCCAUCCACGGUUACGACUGAUCGUGGUGCCCAGUUUGAGUCGGCACUCUUCCAAACGCUAAUCAAUUUCCUUAGCUGCACACGCAUUCGGACGACAGCCUACCAUCGGGCUGCUAACGGUAUGCUUGAGCGUUUCCAUCGCCAGCUAAAGACCGCCAUGCGUGCCGUAGAAGACCCAGGAAACUGGUCGGACAACCUUCCUCUUGCACUCCUCGGUAUCCGCGCAGCUCUGAAGUCGGAUCUGGAGUGUAGCGCAGCUGAAUUGGUUUUCGGCCCUACCCUCCGACUGCCAGGCUAG